CCAACCCAGAAACAGACGUGUCUCAAUACAGCUGGAAAUUAGAGUAUGAAAAGGUGCACCUGACAGGACUGCUGGUGCUUCUACAGAGUGGUGACUGAAGCAAAGGCAGUUUAGACUUGCCAGGAAUGUAAACAGUGGGGGGAAGAUACCAUCACAACUGAGGCCAAUUUCACUUGAUUUAUUUCAUUGGCAUACACUUUGUGCUCCAGAUCAGGAAACAAUGAGCUGGUUUAUUCAAAUUUUGGAAAACUUGAUUAGUGUUACUGAGUUGGAAGAAUACCUGAACUCUGUAGUUCACCCUCUGUGGUUAUUUAUGAUUCCGGUUUUGCUUUAUUCUUACUGGUUAUUUGCAUAUAUAUCUUGGUGUGCUGUCUCAUUUAUGUUAUAUAUUUACAAGAAGGUGAAUAACCACCAAGAAAAUGAUGUGUAUAGCAAAUUUUGGGACAAGCCAAGGCAAGUUAUAGCUCAAGGUUUCGCUAUAUACGGAAAGAUAUGGCAUGGUUAUGAACUUAUUGGCAUGGAACAUCUCCCUAAAGGACCAGGGAUUGUUAUUUUUUAUCACUCACUUUUCCUUGUCGGCUAUUCCUCUUUUGUGGCAAAAGUUUAUAAAGAGCAAGGGAGACUGUGCCAUUCAGUAAUUGACCAUACCCUGUAUAAUCUUCCAGCAUUUUUCUAUUUGGGGCUUACUUUUUCAGGGGCGAAGUUAUUUUAUGAUUUCUUAUGCUUGAAAGAUUUCAAGAAAGCUGAAUGUGUGGAAAUUCUGAAGAAAGGGCAUUUAUUGGGCAUUGCACCUGGUGGAGCUAGAGAAGCAAACUUUAGUACUGACUACAGCUUAAUGUGGGGUAACCGCACAGGUUUCGCUCGGCUAGCUUUGGAGGCGAAAGUGCCCAUUAUCCCUAUAUUUUUACAAAAUGAUUCUGAAGCAUACAGAACCUUUGGAAAGACAAGGUUGACAAGAUGGGUAUAUGAGAAAACUCGAUGGUUAGUCCUUCCCGCAUAUGGAGGGUUUCCAGUGAAAUUGAGGACAUAUAUUGGAGAACCCAUCCCAUAUGAUCCAAAUAUAACUCCCACAGAGCUGGCUCUAAAAACCAAGACUGCACUUGAAAAUCUUCGGGAUAGACACCAAAAAAUGCCAGGAAAUAUAUUAAGAGCUCUUUCAGAACGAUUUGAUAAGGAUGACAAAGCUAACAAGUCUAUAUAAAACAAACCAUAGUUCCGUAAUAGGAAAAUUUAAAAAUUAACUAAUUAAAGCCAAAUAAACAUA